AUGGUUCUAGACAGUUGUGGACUAAGUACGGCUAGUGAUCGCAGUGAUUCCUGAAAUUGUUGAAUAAUCAUUUGGCGAAUUUGUUUUCCUCCCACCUUGGUCCAAGCUCGCGCAUGCGCGGGUAACUCUACGAGCCUAAAGUCCCUGGACUUUACACGAGCCUUAGCCCGCCAGCUGCUGGUCGUUGGUCUCGCUUACGACAGGUGACACACACACCUCGUGACUCGCGUUUCUACAGUUACAAUCGGCCGAAGGCGUUAUCGGCGUGGCCGAAUUUCGAGACGGCAACUUUCACUGGCAAGUGUAUCAAAUGACGGGCGCGUGACUGGGCGUAUUGUGCAGGGCUCCGUAAGGUUGUGAUAGUCAUGAUCGCGAAGGUUUUAUUCGUUACUCUGCUCGCGACAGCUUGCGCAGCGUAUCAGCGAAAGCUCACAGCUCAUCUCAAUCCAUUCUGCGGAGACAAAGAGGUUUGUGGUCUCUGCUACGUCACAGCCGAAGGUUCAAAUGACACCCUGCACUAUUUUUGGUCUGCACUGGGCACACCAGCUGCACUUGCCAUCCAAACUGCACCAGGCACCAAACUUGCCGACAUUUCAUGGGAAUCUCUACGCGGGCACUACCUGAACCAAAAAACCUUCGCAUUUGAUGGUCCUGUGCUGUCUUCAUCAGCUGUUGUCAUCUCAAAGCUUUUUGAGUACAAUGACCCAGAGAACAAGGCUCAUCUAAAUACCGCUCUGAAGAAUGGCACCCACUACAUUGACCAGACCAAACUCCUGUGGAAAGAAAUUCGUGGCUGCACUGGAAAUGGAAGCAGCUUGGUUACUUCCACGUUUGUUGCUUACGGAACCAGCUCGGAUAAAGAUGAAGGGUUUUUCUUGGGCAAUGGCACCAUUCAAUUUACGCUUGAAGUUCAGGACAACAAUGGCCAUGACAUCCAGUUUCCACAUCUCCUGUACACAAGCAAUAGUAGCCAAAUUCAGCUCUCUUUGCUCAACCUUUCACCGCAACUAGGCAAAACAUCACAAUUUGGAUUCGAGCUCACCAUUCUCGAUGACUCAUCUCAUAAUGGCUCCUACGGUGUCAGCAGUAUCAGAACUUUUGAUGAUGAGUACACACCAGGCGUCUUUACAAACGUGGCCCUAUUUGACAAAAAUGCCUCAUCCACUUUUUAUCUCCAUUGGAAGCCAGUCUGCUAUCGUGACCCAGGAAGAACAGUGACACUAUCAGUCGAUGCUGCAUAUCAAAACCUCACCUACUCAGCAAGCUGGUGGAACUUCAAUGUGGCAACAGCAUGGCUCUCGAACAGGGCACCCAAUGUAGCCUCUUCAGCAGUCACUGUGACCUUUGGCUCAGAAGGUGAUGGCUGGUACCAGGAAAACAGCUAUGCUACUUGGGCCAUGUCAAGUGGGUUUGGAGUGCGGCCCCUUGAGCGCAUUUCUGCGACAGUGCUAUCGGUUACCUCAGUUGGACUCGGAAUUCCUGGCAUCAUCGCACUAGGCACCGUGAUUUACGUGUCAGUUCACAAGCCGGAGCCAAAAUUGUGAUCCACGACACAUCUAGCGGAAUGGACAACCUACGUUCGCGAUUCUCAGGAGAGGAACUUGUGCAUGCAAUGCAGUGUUGCUGGAAACCACUUGACUUCUCUCCAUCUGCGGUCACAGCUAGUCCGUAUUGCCCAUGCAGUUGGGCACCACUACAUAUAACAUUAUCACUUAAUUAAGCCUGCACUGAUGUGCAGUAUACCUACCAUUUUUGUUGUUUUCAGCUUGUUUACUCAUUUUGUUUUAUCAUCUGACGUUUCACAGGUAGAUUGUGCAACAAUUGACCCAGCUUUGUUCAUAAAACUGUAGUACUCUCUGACUUUUUUUUUAAGUGAAGUUUUUUCAAAAUACAAGCCAGUUAAGAACAUUUAAUUAGUUGUUUUUUUCUACAUUGAGAAAAGAAAAUGUGAUAGCAAUAAAGAAAAAUGCACAACUGUCAAAAA